CUCUCAUACAUAUCCAACCAUGUGUGGGAUAUUCUGUUGUUAUAACCAUCAAGGUGAUCUGGCUUCUUUUCGUCCUAGAGCCAUCGCUUUGUCAAAGAAACAACGUCAUAGGGGUCCGGAUUGGUCGGGAUGUUACAUGGCAAAAGAUAGUAUAAUGGUACAUGAACGUUUGGCCAUUGUCGGUGUUGAUACCGGUGCUCAACCUUUGGUCAACGAAGAUGAAACUAUCAUCCUUGCUGUCAAUGGGGAGAUUUACAAUCAUUUGGCAUUGAGGAAAAGUCUCAAACAACCAGCUACAUUCAAGACGCAUUCGGAUUGCGAGGUCAUCAUGCACUUGUACAAAGAACACGGUCCCGAACUUUGCAACAUGCUGGAUGGAAUGUUUUCCUUCGUCCUACUCGACACUUCCGUAACUCCCUCUCGUCUCAUAGCCGCACGUGAUCCGAUCGGUAUCACAACCCUUUACAUGGGAUAUCAUUCUUCUCAACCUGAAACUCUCUUCUUCUCUUCCGAACUGAAAACCUUGGAUGAAGAUUGUGAUAAUUUGAUUUCUUUUCCACCUGGACAUUAUUACGAUUCCCUAACUAAAAAAACCGUACGAUAUUUCCAUCCAACAUGGUGGGAUACAGAUAAAGGUAUAAUACCUCAUAAUCCAGUGGAUUAUAAACUACUUCGUGAAACAUUAGAAGCGGCCGUACGUAAACGUUUAAUGUCAGAAGUACCUUAUGGUGUACUUCUUUCAGGUGGAUUAGAUAGUAGUUUGAUAGCUUCUAUAGCUGCAAGAGAAACGGAUAAAUUAGCAGAACAACAAGAUGUUUUAAGGAAAGAAAGGAAAUUAGCUUUAUCAGAAGGAAGAGAAGUUAAUGAAGAAAUCACUUUAGCAAGUUGGCCAAGAUUACAUUCUUUCGCUAUCGGUUUACCCGGUGCACCAGAUUUGAUAGCUGCUCAAAAAGCCGCGGAUUGGUUGGGAACCGUACAUCAUACUUAUAACUUUACGGUUCAAGAAGGAUUGGAUGCUAUUCCGGAAGUUAUUUGGCAUUUGGAAACUUAUGAUGUGACUACGGUUAGAGCUAGUACUCCUAUGUAUUUGUUGAGUAGGAAGAUCAAAGCUAUGGGUGUCAAGAUGGUUUUGUCUGGUGAAGGUAGUGAUGAGAUCUUUGGGGGCUAUCUAUACUUUCACGCAGCUCCUAGCGCAAAAGAUUUCCACGAAGAAUGUGUUAAAAGAGUUAAAAACCUUCAUACAGCCGAUUGUCUACGUGCCAAUAAAUCAACAAUGGCAUGGGGUUUAGAAGCACGUGUACCAUUCCUCGAUAAAUCUUUUUUAGAAGUAUCAAUGAACAUUGAACCUGAAUCAAAAAUGUUUUCAAAAGGUAAAACUCAAAAGAUCGAUUCUGAAGGAAGACCUAAAAUGGAGAAAUAUAUAUUAAGAAAAGCAUUCGAUUGUUCACCUGAUGGUAAAGCUUAUUUACCCGAUUCGAUCUUAUGGAGACAAAAAGAACAAUUUUCAGAUGGAGUAGGAUACGCUUGGAUCGACGGGAUGAAAGAAUAUUCUGAAAAAAUCAUAUCGGAUGAAAAGUUUUCAAAAAGGAAAGAAAGAUGGGAAAUUGAUACUCCUGAUACAAAAGAAGCUUAUUGGAUUAGAGAAAUGUUUGAAGGACAUUUCCCAAGUAAAGCUGCUGCUAGUACGGCUGUUAGAUGGAUACCUAAACAAGAAUGGGGGGUUUCGAGUGAUCCUUCGGGUAGAUCGGUCAGUAUACAUACUGCUGCUUAUGAGACGGAUGGGGUGUGAUAUAGACAUUUCAUACCCUCUAUCUUCCUACAUUUUUCGGAAUAGAGUAGAUGAGGAUCACAUCUGGGAAAAAGGAUUUAGUUGGACGUUGGAGCUAGAAGAGGAAUGGAGGUUGAAAGAUGGAGAGAAAUAAAUAGAUUUACAAAAUAUCAUCAUGCAUAUCUUUUGAAU